CUGACCUCCAGUUUGAAGAUCCCUAAUUGAAAGUAAAAAAGGUACAGCUCUGUCCAGUAUUCUCAUAAAGUAGCCAUGGUAACCAAAUUACAUGUAGAGGGUUACGAUGCAUUCAAAGAGACUGUGCCUAAAAUAGAAGAGUUUGACAAAAGUGGAAAACCUGUAUUUGUGCUGUUCUGUGGGUCACCUGAUAAGGAGGGGCACAAUUGGUGCCCAGACUGUGUUGCAGCUGCACCAGUUGUAGAAAAGGGCCUAGAAGGUGCACCCGAAGAUGCCGUUUUUGUCCAUGUUGGUGUCGGAGAGAGAAACACGUGGAAGGAUCCCAACUGUUCAUUUAGAACUGACCCAACAUUAAGGCUUACAUCUGUACCAACACUUCUCAAAUGGGGAACUCCCCAGAAGCUUGGUGACUCAGAAUGUAGUAAACAAGACCUAGUGGACAUGUUACUACAAGAUGACUAGCUA